AUGGCUGCAAUGGCGAAACCAGGCCUGCUUAACCCCCUCCGUUCCCACCUCAAUGAGCUUCCUCUCAUAGAUUCGAGCUCGAUCCGCACCAAGCUCGGAGAAUUUCGGUUCUCUCACUUCAAUGUCACUCUAAAGCACGCAAGAAAUGCGUCCGUUCUUCCGGUGAUAAGAGCCCAGAGUUCUCCUGAUUAUGUACCAGACUCCAAAUUUUACAAAGUGGAAGCGAUUCUGAGGCCAUGGCGAGUUUCGCAGGUUUCUUCGGCUCUGUUGAAAAUUGGUAUUCGCGGGGUUACAGUAUCUGAUGUUCGAGGCUUUGGUGCUCAAGGUGGUUCAACAGAGAGGCAUGGUGGCUCCGAAUUUACUGAAGACAAUUUUGUCGCUAAGGUUAAAAUGGAGAUUGUAGUGAGCAAAGACCAGGUUGAAGCAGUAGUAGACAAGAUCAUUGAGGCAGCCAGGACUGGAGAAAUUGGUGAUGGCAAGAUUUUUGUGGUGCCAGUCUCAGAUGUAAUAAGAAUUCGCACCGGGGAGCGUGGAGAGAGGGCGGAGAAGAUGACGGGUGGGUGGUCUGACCAGUCAUCUGCUGCUGCUUGA